GCAACGUUGAAGAAUGCGCAGACGAGAGAGUGCCGGGAAGCUGAAAAGAAUGGAAAGAAAGACGACAGGGGGAAGAAAGGAGAAGCAGAGGGGGGAGGGAUUCAGAGAGAGAGAAGAAAACGGAUCAGAAAAAAGACACACCGAAGCCUUUCGUGUUUCUCUCGGGAGCCUUUUGUCAGGUUUCCUCUCUUCUCCGGCUGAUGGUGUUUCACCUUUCCUUCACUGCAGAAGAAAGGAUAGGAAAUGUCGGUCGAGUGGAAUAAACAGAGAACGGACAGAAGAACGGAGACGAACACUUUUCGAGUUUCGUAGACCGCCUCGGUCUCCGCAGAUGCUUGCCAUGGUUUCUCACAUUUCAUUUUUCUCAGUUUGUCUCUCGCUGUCUGGUUCUCGUCUUGCGUGUGGUGACUUCUCUCCGGACUGUCGCCGAUGGGGAGGAGGUUUUCAACAUCCUUUCAAAAGACGUCGAGAGAGAAUUUCACAUGAGGAAGCAGAAACAGAUGCGGUCUUCUCUCCCCUUCAUCGUGAAACCAUCAAAAACAUGGAGAGAAAAUCUCACUCACUCUUACAGCUGAACAAUGCUGGUCUCUCUCCGCAAACGGGACGACGAAACACGCGGUUGGAAACUCUCAGAGUCAAGCGGAAGUGUGGUGUACAGACACUUCACAGCAAUCCCACAAUCGAACAUCGCAGUUCCCCUUCGCCUGCAUAUAUAUAUAUAUAUAUAUAUAUAUGCAUUUGUUCACGGUAUUUAAGAGAUGUGGAUGGCAGGUCAGCCUUUCUUUUUUUUCGCGUCUUGCUUGAAUCUGUGACUUCACAGGUUGCCUCGUUGCUCGACGAGGAACCCCCGUCGUCGGAUGAAGAAACACCGUCUCUAUGA